CGGAAGUGUUCUUUGAAAUCACAUCCGGGAAACUUUCAUGGUCACUGAAUAUCCAACAUGGCGGCUCACAUGUCGAGAUUCGGGUGUUGGGACCGUAUACAGCGGUUUGGCAUUGCUGCAUGUAGACAGUACAGCAGUGCAAGAGGAUAUCCUAAUAUUUCUCUGUCUACACCUUUACCGGGCAUCCCCAAGCCUGUGUUCGCGUCGGUUGAUGGCCAUGAACAAUAUGAAACCAAAAUAACCACUUUAGCAAAUGGUCUUAAGGUUGCAUCCCAAAAUAAGUUUGGCCAGUUUUGCACAGUCGGGGUUUUAGUAAAUUCUGGUUCCCGCCAUGAAGCCCGAUAUCCUAGUGGAAUUGCACACUUUUUGGAAAAGCUUGCUUUUUCGUCUACAUCACAAUAUGGAAGUAAAGACGAAAUUCUUCUGUCAUUGGAAAAACAUGGUGGAAUCUGUGACUGCCAAACAUCCAGGGAUACAACAAUGUAUGCGGUUUCUGCUGAAGUCAAGGGUCUGGAUACUGUGGUCAAUCUGUUGGCUGAUGCUGUUCUGCAGCCGUGUUUAUUAGACGAAGAACUCGAGAUGACUCGAAUGACAGUACGGUACGAGUUGGAAGAUUUAAAUAUGAGACCUGAUCCUGAGCCCCUGUUAACAGAAAUGAUUCAUGCUGCAGCAUUUCGAGGCAACACUGUAGGUUUGCCCCGUUUCUGCCCAGUGGAGAAUGUGGACAAGAUUGACAGGAAGUUGCUGCACACAUACAUGAGCAGCUACUACUCCCCUGAGCGCAUGGUGUUGGCAGGGGUGGGGGUCGAGCACGAGCAGUUGGUGGAGUGUGCCAGGAAGUAUCUGCUAGAUGUGAAGCCAGUUUGGGGCACAAGCACAUCAGCUAAUGUAGAUCGCUCUGUGGCCCAGUACACAGGGGGCAUUGUUAAGAUGGAGAAGGACAUGUCAGAUGUGAGCCUUGGACCAACACCCAUCCCAGAACUCACUCACAUUAUGAUCGGCUUAGAGAGUUGCUCUUUCUUGGAGGAAGACUUCAUUCCGUUUGCCGUCCUUAACAUGAUGAUGGGGGGAGGAGGUUCUUUCUCGGCAGGUGGCCCAGGGAAAGGCAUGUUUACCCGCCUCUAUCUGAACGUUCUCAACAGACAUCACUGGAUGUACAACGCUACCUCAUACCACCACAGCUAUGAAGACAGUGGCCUGCUCUGCAUUCAUGCUAGUGCAGAUCCAAGACAGGUGCGUGAGAUGGUGGAGAUAAUCACUAGGGAAUUUAUACAGAUGGCUUCUACUGCAGGAGAGAUGGAACUGGAAAGAGCAAAGACCCAGCUAAAAUCCAUGCUUAUGAUGAAUUUGGAGUCCAGACCGGUUAUAUUUGAGGAUGUCGGUCGGCAGGUUUUGGCCACAGGCCACAGGAAGCUGCCUCAUGAGCUGUGCGCUCUUGUCAGUAAUGUUACAGCCAGCGACAUCAAAAGAGUCAGCACGAGGAUGCUGCGAAGCAAACCAGCUGUUGCUGCUUUAGGAGAUCUGACUGAGCUGCCCUCCUACGAGCACAUCCAGGCUGCUUUGUCCAGCAAAGAUGGCCGCCUGCCUCGCAUGUAUCGCCUCUUUCGGUAGAACAUUAUCGCACAUAGCUGUUUUACAGCCGUGAACGCCAGCAACGGACCCAUAGUGUAACGUUUUAUGCAGUUCCUUUAUUGAGCUGUUACGGGGAAAGUGCUGAGUGUCGUUGGUAGUCGUUAAAGCACUUAAUGUAAAUUGCCUUCAGAGGAAUUGUCAGCUUUAUUAUGCAGAUUUGUCUUCAGUAUUUUGUUCAGACUAAAUAAAGAUGGACGUUUUUCAGUACUGUCCAAUAUUCUGGCUUUGGCAAAUCGAACUUAAGAUUGGAAGAAGACAUUUCCAGUUUAGCUCUACGUAUUGUUAACUUAUAAUUCGAGUCCAAUCCAAAUAAAGAAAAAUAUUAAACUGACAGACGAUGUACCUUUUCAAAAAAUACAGAACUGUAUAUAUUUCAGCAACGUAAUAUUCAGGUUAAACCUGUAUAUUUGCAGAUAUAAAUUACGAUGAUGUUGUUAAAUAAUUUAUAACCAGAAUAUACAUGCCUGUACCCAGAAAUUUCUUUUUAUACCUAAUGCAUGAUGAUUGGUGUAUCAUUAAAUCAUGGGUUCUCAAAACACUCAAAAUUGUAGCAGUAUUAAAAACUGCAUAGUUAUUGAUUCUGCUUAAUAAAGGAGCCCAUUAUAAAGAAUAUAAAACAGCAACAUUACAACCCAAAACUAUUUGUUGAGUAGGAGUUUAACUACUCAGGGUUUAAAGUGCAUCUCUUGUUAUUUCUUGUAUAUUCUUUGGUAUACAAAUGUCUGCACAUGCAAUGUAACUUUUAUCGGUCUGUUUGUUUAUGUAAAUUAUUGCCUCAUGUACGCAUCCUUAUUCUCACCCAAUUUUACAAAUUCUAAUAAUGCUUUGAAAUUGCAAUGUAAAAUUUCAUCUGCUUCUCCUUGUCUGUUUUGGUCAUAAAUGUGGUUUACAUUUA